UUUAUUGUCAACACAAUGUUGUGUGAUGUUCACAAUAAGUUACGAAGAUGUCGCGUCGAUGUAAAUAAAUCUCCGCUCUAUGAUAUCCUUGAACACAUUAGCUCAUCAAACAGUAGUGUUUGCGCGGCUACACUGAGUGCUGAGUACUACGCAGUGUGUGCUGUGUACUGGUGCAUACAGUCAGUAGUCACUGGUCAGUAGUGCAGGAGCCUGGACGCAGUGAGCAUGAGUGUGUGUCGCGUAGUGUUGGCUUGUAUGUGUCUGUGUGCGUGUAUGCGCGCGUGUAGUGGUGCGUACUCCAGUUUCUGGGCGCCGCUGUACGACCGCCGGCUCCUCAACUACCGCGUCGACGCUCCCUUCGAUCCAGACUCCGCCCGCCAGGGGAGGGAACAGUAUGCAGCGCGCUACGGGUACAGGGGAGAGAGACUCAUUGCUGAUAUUGGGAAUGGGAAGGGACUUACUGAUGGACCCAGAGACACACAGAUGUAUGGAGAUGUUACAUUUCAAUACACAUGAGAAGCUGUGUGGCUGCAGUAAUGUACAUCAGUACUCCUAGUAUGUGUACAGUCCACUGUCAUCACAGCAAGCUGAGUCUGUACCACUAACUGUACACUAUUUAGUAUUAAGUUCUUGUGUAAAUAAAUAUCCUGUAAGUACAUACAAAGUG